CGACACACUUCACCCAACAGCUCCAUUUCUCGCUUCGUCUCUCAGAGAGCACCUCCGACAGUGCCCUUAUUACGCGCCGGCCACUGCGCGAGCUCCAUACCCUCCAUAAGCCGCCCUCGAACUUUGCUCAACUCCGCAUUGUCCCUCUUGGGCGAACGAACUGCCCCUCCAAGAAGGAGUUCGGAGCACUCCACAACACCAUGUCGCGUUCCACGACAAUACAAGCCCCAGGGCUAUCAUCGUACCUCAAGUCUCUCCGGUCGACUCCAGUCGAAGCCUCGAUUGAGCACUUUAUAUCCCUCCUCAAACGACGACAAAUUCGAAAUUCGAGACCAUGCGCACUUGCUACCACUCAGUUGCUCAUUCAAGUAGUGAAAGAGUUCAAAGGAAAGGAUGCGGACAAACUCCUGCGAAGAAUCAGGGACGUGGGCCGGAGGCUGAUCGCAGCACAGCCGCGGGAGAUGGUAGUUGGGAAUAUCGUUAGGCGUGUACUGGGCUUGAUACGAGAGAUCAAGGACGAUGAUGCGGACGCGGACUCGAAUGCGGUGAAUAGCGAUGCGGGAAGUCCAACCCCACACCACGAUUCCCUCAACCGGCCUCACUUGGCGUCGAGCAUAUCCACAUUCAGCCCCCUGCGGCAUGGCGCUCUACCACCCAUGGAUACUACCUCAGGACCCGAGAGUCUCGCAGACUCUGGAGAAUUACCACAUCGACCGGCCCUGUUCUCAUCGCACACCUCGUACGCUCCACUUGGGACCUCCCUGUUUGGCCUUUUCUCCCAACCAGAUACCCCCUCAAACACGAGCACACCAACCGGCCGACAUUCGCCGACCGGGAAGCAUACCAUGACAGCAUCGGCUCUGGAACGCAUAGGCGAGUCUACCAUUUUGAAGCGAACAAACAUCAAAGCCGAAGUCCUAGAGGGCAUGAAUGAACUCCAAGAUGAGCUAGAGCAAUCCGACGACCAGAUCGCUGCCAACGCCCUCGACCACAUCCACUCCAACGAGAUCAUUCUAACUCAUACUGCUUCCACUUCCGUCCAGAAAUUUCUCCUGGCUGCAGCGAAGAAGCGCAAAUUUACUGUCGUGCAUGCCGAGGCCCAUCCGAACGACCACGAUGCGGUCCACGCAACCAUACUGACAGGCAAAAAGCGAGAUGCCGAAGUCAUAUCCGAAGAAGCAGGAGACCGCUGGAAACCCCUCACAGCUGCCGGUAUCACCGUCGUGCUGAUUCCAGACUCGCACGUCUUCGCUAUCAUGGCCCGUGUGAACAAAGUCAUCCUGGCCACCCACAGCGUCCUCGCGAAUGGCGGACUCGUAGCAGCCGCGGGCGCGCGCGUAAUUGCAUCAGCAGCAAAGGUCCACCGGACGCCUGUCGUUGUUGUCACUGGUGUCUACAAGCUCAGCCCGGUCUACCCCUUCGACAUCGACGAGCUGAUCGAGUAUGGCGACGCGGGGAAUGUGGUGCCUUACGACGAUGGCGAUUUCGUCGAUAAGGUGGACGUCGACAAUCCCUUGUACGACUACGUGCCGCCAGAGUUGGUGGAUCUAUACGUCACGAAUCUAGGCGGACAUGCGCCGAGCUAUCUGUAUAGGAUCGUUGCAGAUCACUAUCACCCAGACGAUAUCAACUUAUCGGGUGCAGUGGAGCGAGACGAGAAAUGAACACUACUUACGAAAUAGACAAUGAUGUUUAGUCAAGUAAGCGAGUAUUGUCUCCUUAGACUCGACUUUCCUAUCACGUGUUGUGAAGCUGCGUCUUCUUUGUCGACGUGAGUUGGUGUAGGAUUAUGCCUUACCAAGACGAGAGCAUUUCGGUUUCAUGUCUCACACACCUAAAGGCGUAUCAUCCCUACAGAUUUGUAUUCUAUGUAGGUACAGCAAAAGCUUGAAUCUCACAAGAGUACCACAAAACAUCUCUGAGCAUUUCUGACGUGUAUUGAAUCUACAUGAACACGCGAAUUUUUUCCAAGAGAUGACGUCUAU